AUGCAUACGCCCAUUAUCUAUCUAUCUAUCUAUCUAUCUAUCUAUAUACGACCGCUGAAGAAGCAGACCGGAGCGGGAAAAAAGCCUUGUAGCAGCAUAUGUCUUAUAUUCGUUAUUCCUACAAUCCUAACAUAUUGCGACACCACCUUACUGAAUAAGCUAGACAUCAUGGAAGUUUCUGUCGACAAUGAAAAUACUUUCACUCACCUAACUACGCACUCUUACGUUUAUUUGUCCGCUUCUCUAAAACUAUAUUCCUCUUUCUCUCCUUUUCACAAACUUUCUCUGAUUCUCACACACAUUAGCGUGCGCCUAUCUAUCUAUCUAUCUAUCUAUCUAUCUAUCUCUAUAUGUGUCGCGGCUUUCAGACAAGGAACUAUUUGUACUUAUACACCCAGUCUGAUUCCCUGUCUCUCGGUCUAUUUUAAUCUGUUUAUAACUCUCUCUCUCUGUUAG